GAAUGCAACGUGAAGCCGCAGUUCUGCCAUCAUUCAAGAUGGCUGCCCCCAUCAAGAUGACCGGGGUGUGCCUGGGGGAAAGGGGCAGCAUGAUGGUAUGAGACGGUCUAGCGUCGGACCAUGUGGAAGUUUCUGGGACUGGGGAGCCGGAUAAUGGGGGGUGGGGCCCGUGCGGGGUAGAGGGAGCAAAAGCGUCCUUUCCCAGGCGAACCCCGGCCCCUCCCCUGACCUCUGAACUGAAAUGGGGAACACGUUGGGCCUGGCCCCGAUGGGGGCUUUGCCCCGCCGGAGCCCCCGUCGAGAGGAACCUCUCCCCAACCCUGGGAGCUUCGAUGAGCUGCACCGGCUGUGCAAAGAUGUAUUCCCAGCACAGAUGGAGGGAGUGAAGCUCGUUGUCAACAAGGUUCUGAGCAGCCAUUUCCAGGUGGCUCACACUGUGCACAUGAGUGCUCUGGGCUUGCCUGGCUAUCAUCUCCAUGCGGCCUAUGCAGGGGACUGGCAACUUAGCCCAACUGAGGUGUUCCCCACUGUGGUCGGGGAUAUGGAUAGCAGUGGCAGCCUCAACGCCCAGGUCCUGCUCCUCUUGGCAGAGCGGCUCCGAGCCAAGGCUGUCUUCCAGACGCAGCAGGCCAAGUUCCUGACGUGGCAGUUUGAUGGCGAGUAUCGGGGAGAUGACUACACAGCCACUCUGACCCUAGGAAAUCCUGACCUGAUUGGGGAAUCGGUGAUCAUGGUCGCUCAUUUCCUGCAGAGCCUCACUCAUCGGCUGGUGUUGGGAGGAGAGCUAGUUUAUCACCGGCGGCCAGGCGAAGAGGGGGCCAUUUUGACACUGGCUGGGAAGUACUCGGCUGUACACUGGGUAGCUACCUUGAAUGUGGGAUCAGGUGGGGCCCAUGCAAGUUAUUACCACAAGGCAAACGAACAGGCUUGGUGGAUAGUAACUGGUGUGUGGGUGCUGUGCUGGAGAAGAAGAUGCCCCCCCUGCCCGUCACCCUCGCCCUUGGAGCCUUCCUUAAUCACUGGCGCAACAGAUUCCACUGUGGCUUCAGCAUCACUGUGGGCUGAGGUUGUCCCAGAGCCAGCCCCCAUAACAGCUGGAACCUCUGAGUCAGGUGCCCUGGGGCCAGGAACUAGGCCCCUCUCAAGAGCCCACCUUGCUGGGUGACCUCUAGGUCCCAGGAGCAGAGUGGGGACAAUACAUGCCCUCCUCAGAACUGGAGCUGCCACAGAGGCAGCUGCUGAGGCAGUGAUUUGAGGCUCCCACCUCUGCCAUCAGCCCCAGUUUCAUCUUCCCAUACUCUUAUGGCUCUGGACUAAGGGAGAAGGAUUAAGGGGUCUGUCUGGCUGCAUUUUCUCCCCUCACUCCCACCUCCUUCAUUUCCUUAUGGAUUAAAGCUCCUAGCCUCUUCCUCUUCAGAGCAGAAAAAUCUGCAUGGGAUUAGCUCCCCAUCCUGUUUUCCAUCCCAGAGUUUCCCAAGGCUGGGAAAGAAGGGCUGAAGGGCUAAAUCUUUGACCUCAGAAAGUGGGGCCCACCUAUUCCCAGACGGAGCUUCUUUACCUCUUAGCCCUGAGGCUUCCUCCUUCCCCAUCUUCUGUGCUUCCAGAGAACAACUUUGUCCCCAUGGCCACCCCUCAUUCUCCCCAUUACCGCAUGAAGAGGCAGAUAUUGCUUUUAUCUUUCAUUGCAACCAGUGGGCUCCCUGUUUACUGGCUCCAGCCUCUGGUUUGAGCAUUUUCCCCUUUCCGGUCCAGCGUGUCCAGGUGGGCUGGGGAAGGAGGCGAACUGGGCCUCAGCUGCAGGUCUCCUGGAGCAGUGGCACCAUGGUGGACAGUCCCCUGGAUGUUCGCGAUUUGGUACCAAUAUGCAUUGUUAAUGCUUCGGAGCUCAGCCAACAGGCCCAGCAGCUUCGCAUAUAGAAACCUUUGGGGUCACCAGGGAAGGAGGAGAGAGACAGGCAGCUGAGAGUCUUGUCCUGAGGCCCUGACCCCCUAAACUGCCUCUCUGUGAAGCUAGGUCUGAACACUAGGGAAAAUAUGCUCUGAUGUGACAAAUGUAUCAAAAGUUCCAAAAGUCCCCAGUGGGGCCUCUAUCUGACACUGACUUCUCUCACCAUGCCGUUUUUCUUGAACCCAGAGCUCAGAGGGCCAAGUGUGAAGAAAGCCCCAGACUUUGCCAGAUAUUCAGCUGUGUGGAAUCUGAGGAUCUGGCCUUCUAGAGCAGGUUCUAGAAGGUGGGUGUGUUCUAUGGUAUAAAGCAACCCUCUCCUGGCCAAACUGGCACAUGGAGGAAUAAGCAAAACAGAAGUGGAGUGUACUUCAGAGCCUGGUUAGAUCAUGGACUGUUGAACCAGGGACUGGCGUUGGCCAUGAAAUUGAACGACCAUAACUUCAAGGGGAAUGAAAAUUUAAAGGAAUUGGACCAAUGGAGAGGAGGGGAAGGGCCAAGGAAAGAGAGUGAACAAGGUUCUUGAAAGGCUGUUUAGUCUGGAGGAGUUGGAUUGGUGAGGUGAUGGAUGUCAUCAAUCUCAGGAAUGCUAUUAUACCAAGCCUGUGAGCUACUACUUUGCAUCUCUCCUGAAUAAAAAAAUCUGGAAAAAGUGAGAUGAAA